CUUUCGCAGCACAUCACAUCUCCAAGGACUCUCUGCUUUAUUUCUUUAUAAAUCAAAUUUAUCUCUCUUAUACGAUCAGGUCUUAACAUUUCAAAGUUCAUCACUUUGAUUACUUGAACUGGUCUAGCUUCUUUAAAAGAAAAAAAAAAGACCCUCUUUUUAAUUUGUCAGUUUCAUUCAUUUUUUCGAUUUAUUUCCAAAUAAUCUAAAUAAAGGAUAAAGGAUCAGCUGGUUUUUGUGAAGAAAUCAUCUUGAAAUCUCGUUUUUUAGGAUUUUUGAAGCUUCUUUCUUCAUUCUCACAAGUUCUAAAAUGUCCGAUAAGGCUUGGUCUAGAACUGAGAUGAAAUGCCUGAACACUCCUGGAGAUGACGACAGCUGCAGCUCCAACAGCAAUGACUACCCCGACUAUGGAAAGAAGGUUCCUCUGGAUGGGCCAUGCUCCGAUUUAGACGCAGAGAGUGAAAACUUCCUUACUGACCCCAACACAAGCAAGAAGAAAUAUGAAACUGAAUAUCACCAGGGCAAUGCCUCCUUCGGCAUGUCCGUCUUUAACCUGGGCAACGCCAUCAUGGGCAGUGGCAUCCUGGCUCUGUCCUUUGCCAUGGCCAACACCGGCAUCGCCCUGUUUGUGAUUCUCCUUGCUUCUGUUGCCAUUUUCUCCUUGUAUUCUGUCCACUUACUGCUAAAGACAGCCAUAGAAGGAGGGGCCAGUGUUUAUGAGGCGCUGGGAUACAAAGCAUUUGGGAUGCCAGGAAAACUUGCAGCUUCCUGCUCCAUCACCAUGCAGAACAUUGGAGCCAUGUCGAGCUACCUCUUCAUCAUCAAAUAUGAGCUCCCCAUCGUCAUUCAGUCUUUUACUGGAGCAAAUAAUGGUGAAUGGUACAUUAACGGAGAUUACCUUGUUCUGCUGGUUUCGGUUAUUCUUAUCCUGCCCCUCUCUCUGCUGAAGAACUUGGGUUAUCUUGGUUACACCAGUGGUCUGUCUCUUCUCUGCAUGGUUUUCUUCCUGAUUGUGGUGAUUAUUAAGAAGUUCGAGAUACCGUGCCCUCUGCCUCUGACUGAUCAUGUGAAUGAAACCUUGCUGAACAUCACCCACCACAGCGACAACACCACCACCGAUGAUGACACCUGCAGACCUAAAUAUUUUGUCUUUAACUCACAGACUGUCUAUUCUAUUCCCAUUGUUACCUUUGCCUUUGUGUGCCACCCUACCAUCCUACCCAUGUAUGAGGAGCUCAAAGACCGCUCACGCAGAAAGAUGCAGAAUGUUGCCAACGUGUCCUUCCUGGCCAUGUUCAUCAUGUACCUGCUGGCUGCCCUCUUCGGAUACCUCACCUUCAACAUCCAUGUGGAACCUGAACUGCUCCACACCUACUUCAAGUACUUCAAGCAUGAUGUCCUCCUGUUGGUGGUUCGUCUGGCUGUACUGGCUGCUGUCACACUCACAGUCCCUGUGGUGCUCUUCCCUAUUCGUACCUCCAUCAGCCACCUGCUGUUCUCAACCAAGGACUUCAGCUGGAUCCGACACAUUAUUAUCACUGUAAUCCUGCUUGCAGGAACCAACACUCUGGUCAUCUUUGUCCCCAGCAUUAGAGAUAUCUUUGGCUUCAUCGGUGCCUCUGCUGCUGCAAUGCUCAUCUUCAUCCUGCCCUCAGCUUUCUAUAUCAAACUUGUCAAGAAGGAGUCAAUGAUGUCAAUGCAAAAGAUUGGGGCCGUAUUGUUCCUGAUAUUAGGAUUCUUUGUCAUGUUUGGCUGCAUCACUUUGAUCCUUAUGGACUGGAUCUCCAACAGUGAGGUCGCCGAUAAGGGUCACUGAUGCUCCAGCUCUUCUGCUGGCAGAGGGGAAGCUCUCAGAGCUAGACUGCUAAAAAAAAUUACACACAACCAAGAAAAACAACAUUUGAUGAACAAAACAAACCACAAAGACUCACUAAAUGCUCGUCUUGGACCUACUGAGCAUUGGAUCACACCAUUCCAUGAGAAUGUAUCUGAACUCUGUACAUUAUGCUGUUCUAGACCACAAAGAUGGCGUUUCUCUCUUUUUCUUGUAAUAUUUUAAAUAGUCUUUUACUUUUUACUUUUUUUUUAUUACUAUUAUUAUCGUUGUGGUACAGCUGUAAACAAAACGCCGCAGGCCAGAGACUGGAAGAGAGUUUAAAACACGGCUUACGCUCAGGUACAGUGUUAUUUGUGGGAGAGCGUAGCUGUGAACUCUUUAACUUAGCGAGAACAUCCCGCUGAAAUAUGUACAUGAAUCUCCCAAAGACUAACACGGGGCCACAUGACUUGAAACUUCAUGGACAAUUUGCUUUGGUUUAACCUUUGUGUUUUCUUUUUGUCUAACUUUACCAAAAAAAAAAAAUGUGUCUGAAAAACAUCUUUGUGUAUCGAAGAGCACUUAUAGCUGAGCUCAUUUGUCAGAUUUCACUCAAACGGCACCUAUCCAGUAUUUUUUUUUUUUACCAAGGUCCUGUGAUUUUAAUCAAAGUGUCAGCUAGCGAAUCUGUGAACAAAACCAGACACUGGGAGAUCUGUAUUAGAUCUCAUGUGAAGGGCAUGUGCAGCAACAACACUACUGCUUUCAAGGAGGCCGGCAAGCCUUCCGGUUCCAUCUUCCCUGCCGAGCAGAUUCACGGAGGGGAACCCAGAAUGUUUUUUUCUUUAUGGGAGAAUACUCUGAAUUUGACCACAUGCAGUGGUUGUAAUAUAUAUAUACCUGUUACACUUGCAAAACCGCAACAGCUUCAACUGUAUGAAGUCAGGUGCACUCCGAAACACCAACAAGUAACCAAGAAAAGACCCUGAAUUCUUCAGUGUUUCAUUUCAUCGCACAACAGUGUUUCACAAUGAAGAACACGGCAGCCCGGCAUGUAUCCAAUUCCCACCCUGUCAUAGACCGGGCAUCAGAGGGUGCACUGUGCUUCCAACACUAACACAUCACCAAACUGUGUGUCAUCUAUUUAUGGAAGACCAUUAAAGAAGUGUAAUUUAAACUAUUUUAAUAUAUAUUUAUACAAUAUUGUAUGUACAUAUGUAUGUAUAUGUAUAUAUAUCUUCUUUUUUUAAAGAAUUUUUUGUUUAAAACCUUUAUAGAACAAUUUCUUGGAGUCAAAAACCAAAUGUAAUGAUAGUGUAAAGAGUUUGCUCUAGAACAUCUGAGCUUUAUCCGUUCAUCUCUGUAAAACCUCACUGAAUGAAUUCGAACUUGUAAGCAUUCAGUGUAGAAAUGGCACAAAUUGAGCCACUUUUUUAAAUUUUUAAGCCCCUAAAGACAAAUAAAAUAAAUACGUUCUUUUUGGUCAAACACAGAACGGACACUGGCUAUCAGUUUUACACAAUUGUUUCAAUGAAACACUAUGUACAUACUGUAAAUAAUGACCCAAUAAAAUGAUUAUGAA